AUGUCGACCAUUCAAGAAGCUAACAAGGCCCGGAUUCGGGAGUUCGUUCAAGUGGUGCAAAACCAGCAGGACGUGGAGGCCUGUGAUCGUUUCUUCUCCCCUGACUUCGUGAACCCCGACAUCGAGAAAGUCCUGGCCACAGGAAAAGGCGAGACUGAGAGCUUUAAGGACCACGUGGACGGAGACAAGGUCCUCCACCGCAUGCUUUUCCGGGCAUUCCCGGACAUCCGCGUGAGUAUCUUGGACAUGGCGGCGGAUGGCGACAAGGUCUGGACCAUGAAGCGCUUCCAGGGGACACAUCUCGGGCCAUGGAUGGAUGUGCAGCCGACAGGCCGCAGCAUGUGUUUCGAGGUGGUGGACAUCAUGAGGUUGCAGGAUGGGAUGAUCAUGGACCAUCAGAUGGUGUCGACCUUUGAGCGCAUGGUGGAGCAUUUACGAGCCUAA